AUGUUUGUGCAGAUUUAUGUGGAUGUUAUUCAGCGAUUCCAAGAACAGGUCACAGAUAUCGUGUGUAUUAUAUCUACCUUCCUCACACGGCGUCACAGUCCUCACUACACAGCGUCACAGUCCUCACUACACGGCGUCACAGUCCUCACUACACGGCGUCACAGUCCUCACUACACGGCAUCACAGUCCUCACUACACGGCGUCACAGUCCUCACUACACGGCGUCACAGUCCUCACUACACGGCGUCACAGUCCUCACUACACGGCGUCACAGUCCUCACUACACGGCGUCACAGUCCCUCACUACACGGCGUCCUGAUCCUCACUACGGCGUCACAGUCCUCACUACCCGGCGUCCACGGUCCUCACUACACGGCGUCUGAUCCUCACUACACGGCGUCACAGUCCUCACUACACAGCGUCACAGUCCUCACUACACGGCGUCACAGUCCUCACUACACGGCGUCACAGUCCUCACUACACGGCAUCACAGUCCUCACUACACGGCAUCACAGUCCUCACCACACAUCACAGUCCUCACUACAGUCCUCACUACACGGCAUCCAGUCCUCACUACACGGCAUCACAGUCCUCACAGUCACAGUCCUCACUACACGGCGUCACAGUCCUCACCACGGCGUCACAGUCCUCACUAUCACGGCGUCACAGUCCUCACUACACGGCGUCACAGUCCUCACUACACGGCGUCACAGUCCUCACUACACGGCGUCACAUCACUACACGGCGUCACAGUCCUCACUACACGGCGUCACAGUCCUCACUACACGGCAUCACAGUCCUCACUACACGGCGUCACAGUCCUCACUACACGGCGUCACAUCCUCACUACACGGCGUCACAGUCCUCACUACACGGCGUCACAGUCCUCACUACACGGCGUCGUCUGAUCACACACGUCACUCACUACGGCAUCACAGUCCUCACUACACGGCGUCACAGUCCUCACUACACGGCGUCUGUCCUCACUACACGGCGUCACAGUCCUCACUACACGGUCACAUCCUCACUACACGGCGUCACAGUCCUCACUACACGGCGUCACAGUCCUCACUACACGGCAUCACAGUCCUCACUACACGGCGUCACAGUCCUCACUACACAUCACAGUCCUCACUACACGGCGUCCAGUCCUCACUACACGGCAUCACAGUCCUCACUACGGCGUCACAGUCCUCACGGCGUCACAGUCCUCACUACACGGCGUCACAGUCCUCACUACACGGCGUCACAGUCCUCACUCACACGUCACAGUCCUCACUACACGGCAUCACAGUCCUCACUACACGGCGUCACAGUCCUCACUACACGGCGUCCAGUCCUCACUACACGGCGUCACAGUCCUCACUACACGGCGUCACAGUCCUCACUACACGGGCGACACGUCACAGUCCUCACUACACGGCGUCACAGUCCUCACUACACGGCGUCUGA